AUGGCAGAAUUCACUCAUGAAAGUACGGAAAGCCAGGAGGAAGAGGAACUACAGGAGGAAGUGCUAGAUUUCGCACCAGCCGCAUUGGAUGACUCUCUACCAGAGGUAGAAGAUCCUUUGCAGGAAAUAAAUUUGGGGACAGAGGAGGAUCCAAGGCCAACCUUCAUCAGCGCAUUAUUGAAAGAACCCCUUAAGAAUGAACUCGUUGCACUUCUACAAGAGUUCAAAGACUGUUUUGCUUGGCAUUAUCACGAGAUGCCAGGAUUAGACAGGGAAUUGGUAGAACACAAACUACCAAUCAAAGAGGGAUACCUUCCAGUCAAACAGGCCAGAAGAAGAAUGUCCAUGGACACAGAACUGAAAGUCAAAGAAGAAAUAGAAAGGCUGCUCAAAGCGGGAUUCAUCAGGCCUGUCAUCUAUGCUGAUUGGCUAGCUAACAUUGUACCAGUUCUAAAAAGGAAAACCGGGGCAGUCAGAAUCUGCGUGGAUUACAGAAACCUGAAUGAAGCCUCUCCCAAGGAUGAAUACCCUAUGCCAAUGGCAGACAUGCUGGUAGAUGGAGCUGCCCACAACCAGAUGCUAUCUUUUAUGGAUGGCAACGCAGGUUACAAUCAGAUCAUGAUGGCAGAAGAAGACAUCCACAAGACAGCCUUCAUGUGUCCAGGGCAUAUAGGUGCUUUUGAAUACACUGUAAUGCCUUUUGGCUUAAGGAAUGCAGGGGCUACCUAUCAAAGGGCAAUGAAUUCUGUUUUCCACGAUAUGAUAGGGCAUUCCUUGGAAGUGUAUAUUGAUGAUGUUGUGAUCAAAUCACCAGAGGAGGGAAACCACAUGACAAACCUAAGAAGAGCAUUCCUCAGAAUGAGGCAACAUAAACUGAAAAUGAACCCAAAGAAGUGCGUUUUUGGAGUUCAAGCGGGAAAUUUCCUAGGAUUUUUGGUCCACCAAAGAGGCAUAGAGAUUGACAAGAACAAAGCAAAAUCCAUCAUAGAAGCCUUACCGCCUAGGAACAAGAAAGAAUUGCAAAGUCUCUUAGGAAAAAUUAAUUUUUUAAGGAGAUUUAUAUCCAACUCUGCAGGAAAGAUCCAGCCUUUCUCUUCUUUGUUAAGAUUGAAACAGGAACAAACCUUUAAGUGGGAAGAACAACACCAGCAAGCUUUUGAGGAAAUCAAGCAUUACCUCUCAAAUCCACCAGUUCUGUCCCCGCCAAAGAGAGGCAGACCACUCAAGCUCUAUAUAUCUGCAUCAGAAGUGUCCAUUGGAAGUUUAUUGGUUCAGGAUAACAAGGAAGGAAAGGAACAGGCGGUUUACUACCUAAGCAGAACUCUGACAGAAGUGGAAAGAAAAUAUUCUGCAAUUGAGAGACUUUGCCUAGCCUUGUACUUCACUGCUGUAAAGCUCAGACAUUAUAUGCUGCCAUAUACCAUCUAUAUCAUUGCCAAAACAGAUCUGAUCAAAUACAUGCUGACAAGACCAAUGCUGAGAGGCAGAAUUGGAAAAUGGACCUUGGCCUUGACAGAAUUUGCCUUCAGAUAUGUUCCUCAGAAAGCCGUCAAAGGACAAGCUGUGGCAGACUUCCUAGCAGAUCAACCCGGAGAAGAGAUUGAAAAUAUGGACUCUUUAGACAUAGCAAAUGCAGAUCUGUUAACCAGAGCUCACACCUGCCUCAACAACCCUAUCUACUCAGUUCAUCUUACACCUUGGAAGUUAUACUUUGAUGGAUCAAAAACGGAUAUAACUUCCGGGGCAGGAAUUGUUUUGGAAGAACCACUGGGAAUCAGACACUGCUACUCCUUUCAAUUAGAUUUCCAAUGCACCAACAAUAGGGCAGAAUAUGAAGCCUUAAUCAUGGCUUGGAAAUGCUGGUAG